AAAAAAAAACAGUUAAUUGCUUAUGAACAUACAAUGUGAUAGCCUCAAAUUUUAGGUGAUACAGUUGUUAGUGAAAUUGUGUAAUUAUUUUCGUUAGCUAGUGAUAGUUUGUUUCUUAACGGACAUUACCUAAUAUGGAAUUCAAAAUUGUACAAGGUUUUUCCGCAUGCAUCACUGCGAUUAUUCUUUUGGCAAUCUUCGACAAGUCUUCUGCCAAAUGCACUUUCUACGAUACUUGCUAUACAGACGACAGAGGAUACGAUAAAUAUUGCAUUGCUCGUAAUGGUUUGGCGUACGGGAUAGAUCCUCGGCCAUUAAAUAGCUCAGAUGUCGAUUACGAACCAGCUGUCAAAGCUUUGAAGGAUUACUGUCCGUAUUUUCUCAAUAAAGAUGAUUCUCCCAAAGAGUUAUGCUGUUCUAUAAAGCAGAUCAUGGACAUGGCUGAUGGAUUUGCUAAUCUUGUACCGUUCAAGAGAUGUUCAACUUGCGCGAUCAAUAUACAAAACAUAUUUUGUCAAUUUACCUGCAGUCCCGACCAAUGGGAUAUGGUUGCAAAGCAUAAUUCGAAAUUCAAUAUUCUACAUUUUACGUCGUACUCGGACAAUAUAACUCUCAAUAUGAGUGAAUCCUUUAUGAAGAAAACGUAUGAAUCCUGCAAGGAUGUUUCUCUGCCAUCAACAGGAGGAACCGUAAUGGAAAAUGCUUGCGGAAGUUACGGAGCUGUGUGGUGUAAUCCAUUAAGGUGGUUUAGCUUUCUGAGCAAUCCUGAUCAAAAUCCUCUUGCUCCCUUUUUAAUCAUUCCUUCGCCAGUUAAUGACAGUACAGUAGGUGCUCUGAAUUAUGAAGUGUUGCCGUGUGACCAAGCUUGGCCUGGAGAAGAAUCUUGCAGUUGCGUAGAUUGCCAUCUGAGUUGCGUUGGCGGUCAAUACGGUCCAAUCGAAAAAAUACAUUUGAUAUUUGGGACGAUUGAGAUUGUCGGUUUCAUUUUGGCCUGUAUUGUACUCACUUUAGGAUUAGCUUCUACAUUUUUUAUGAUCCUAUUAAGGAAGCAUAUAUGGGUGAUCAAGAAGCAGUUACUAACUGAUGAAAGUUGCUGCGAAUCGUUUUGUGCAAGAAUCAAUAAGAAAACUGCAUCCAUUGAAAAAACGCUGGAAGAAUGUUUUUAUGUUCUAGGAACGAUCGUUGCCGAAAAAAGAAUAAAAGUAUUAAUAAUGUGCUUAAUCGGGGUGUCGAUGUUGGCAUCGGGAUCACUUUUUUUGCAAGUCACGACGGAUCCGGUCGAACUUUGGGCCGCUCCGAAAAGUACCAGUAGAAUACAAAAGGAUUUCUACGACUCGUAUUUCGGACCUUUUUACAGAACCAACCAGAUUUUCAUCAAAGCCGUGGGCCUGGAAUCGUUUACUUUUAAUUCAGAAUUUGGUGGAGAAAUCACAUUUGGACCGGCUUUUAACACGGAAUUUUUAAGAGAAGUCUUCGCACUUCAAACAAAUAUUAUUAACAACAUCACGUUUAACUCAACCGAUGAAAAUGGCGACCCCGAAAUCAAGGACUUGGGAAGCAUAUGCUUCUCGCCAUUAAGAACCAUUUUCUCCAAACCGAAUAUAUCUGAUUGCACUGUUAUAUCUUUGUUGGGAUUGUUCAAUAACGACAUAGACGAAUUCGUAAAUCAAAAUAUCACUCAAGUUUACGAAACCAUCAUUGGUUGUUUGCAAGCGCCAUACAGUAUCCAAUGUCUGGCACCGUACGGUGGACCCAUUAUUCCAGGUCUAGCAUUAGGCGGUGCAAGCAAAGAAAACAACUAUUUUGAUGCCGUUGGUGUAACUAUUACAAUUUUGACAUCGAACAGCUUGAAUAAAGAUGAUUUAACUGAUACCUUGAUUUGGGAAAAACGAUUUAUCGAACUCUUGGAAAAAUGGGAUAAAGAGGAAAGACCGGAAUUCAUGGAUAUCGCUUACAGCGCUGAAAGAUCCAUACAGGAUCAGAUCGAAGAACUCUCAAAGUCGACAGUGUCAACCGUUCUGAUUAGUUACUUUGUUAUGUUCGUUUACAUUACAUUAACUUUGGGAAGGUUCACUACAAUAAAGCAUAUUAUGCUCGAAUCCAAAUUUUCGCUAGCUAUGGGAGGUAUUAUAAUAGUUUUUAGUUCUGUUGGAUCAGCCAUCGGAAUUUGUGGAUAUUUCGGUGUUAUCACAACGAUGUUAACCGUUGAAGUGGUACCUUUUUUGGUACUAGCUGUCGGCGUAGAUAAUAUAUUUAUAAUUGUACAAACGCAUCAGCGCAGAAAAAGGGAUGAUAACCUGUCAAUAGCGGAAAAUAUUGGGCAAACCAUGUCCCAAGUUGGACCAAGUAUGUUGUUAACUAGCGCUUCCGAGAUAUUUUGUUUUGGUAUAGGAACGUUGUCGUCUAUGCCAGCAGUACACACAUUCGCCAUGUAUGCUACAAUAGCUAUUUUGUUAGAUUUUAUUCUACAAAUUACAGCGUUUGUAGCCCUACUCUCAUUAGACGAACAAAGAUAUGAGAGUAAUCGUUUAGAUGUGCUAUAUUGCGUUAAAGUUAAAAACACAGAAAAACAGGAGUCCAAAGAUAUUUUGUUUAAUAUAUGGAAAAAUUAUAUAACACCGGCCAUUUUAAACUUUUCCGUUAGUUGUGUAAUUCUGAUUAUUUUCUUUUCUACUCUUACUCUUUCAAUUAUGAUCAUUCCAAGCAUAGAGGUGGGACUUGAACAGGAGCUUUCUAUGCCUGAAGGAAGCCAUGUCCUCAAGUAUUUCAAAUUUCUGAAAGAGUUAUUGAUGAUCGGAGCUCCAGUUUACUGGAUAACGAAGGGUGACAUAGACUAUUUUGACCCAGAUAUCGGCUACAAAACUUGCGGAGGCAGCAAUUGUUCUGUUGAUUCGAUCAGUACUCAGAUAUACAUGGCCACUCUUCAACCGGAAGUAACUUAUUUAUCUACUCAAGCCAACUCGUGGGUGGACGAUUUCAAAGACUGGUCAACCAGUGAGGGUUGCUGCAAAUAUUUCAAAAACAACGAUUCAUUUUGUCCUCAUACCAAUGUCGACUGCGAGCCUUGUUACUAUUCAGCUGUAAAAGAUUCGCUUAAUCUUACAGAACACGAUUAUUAUCAAAGAUAUUUACCGCAUUUUUUGAACGACAACGCAAAUCCUACUUGCGCUAAAGGAGGCCAUGCUUCGUAUUCAAACUCUAUAACAUAUAUCACCGAUAACAAAGGGAUCUCAAAUAUUAUAGCAUCGAAUGUAAUGGCAUAUCACACCGUGCUUAAAAACGCUAGCGAAUAUACAUCAGCGUUGAAAUAUGCUAGGCACAUAGCAGAAAAUUUGACCAGAACUCUCAAUGUGCCAGGCGUUGAAAUAUUUCCAUACAGUGUCUUUUACGUUUUCUUCGAGCAAUAUUUGACGAUAUGGAAAGACACUAUAACUUCACUGUCUCUAUCUUUAGCAACCGUCCUGGUUACUAGUUUCUUGUUAUCGGGAUUGAGCUUUUUACCAGCAAUAGUGAUGACGUUUACGGUAUUCAUGAUUAUCGUUCACAUGAUGGGACUGAUGUGGUUGUGGAGUAUAUCUUUGAAUGCCAUUUCUUUGGUUAAUUUGGUCAUGUGCGUUGGAAUUUCUGUGGAAUUUUGCGGGCACAUAAUCCAUUCUUUUGAAAAUUCCUUCGAAGAUAAUGCCGUUGACAGGAUUAGGGAUGCUUUGGCAAAUACUGGUAUAAAAGUAAUUAGUGGUAUCACAUUGACUAAAUUCUGUGGAAUAGUGGUACUUGGUUUUGCAAAUUCUCAAAUAUUUCGAGUAUUCUACUUCAGAAUGUACAUGGGCAUAGUCGUGAUUGGAGCACUUCAUGGUCUCGUUUUCCUGCCCGCCCUACUAAGUUUCGUUGGUUUGCUUAAAUAUCCUGUAAAAUCAUCAGAAUUACCCACAACCAAUGGGAAAACGUGAAAAAGUUUGUCUUUAGUGUUUAAAAUGUUAAUGGUUUUAUGGUUUUUAUAACGACAAA